GCGGUUGUUUACGGAAUCAGAAGGAAAUGCGAAAGCUCAACGGAAUUUGUAACGUUAGAUAAAACAUUGAAAUAGUUUUUCUACCAAACCUUCCUUGCACUGAACAUAAAUUAUAUAUAUUUUUCUGUCAUUUUACGUUUGCUAUAAUUGAUUAUUGCAUAGCGGUGGGGAUAUUGAACGUUACAUCUGAAUCACUAGUGCAGCAAGCUAGUUAGCUAACAGUGGCAUUACAAGCGACUUUACAGUUUGUAUGUCAUUAACCUAGGUUUGGUGUGAUGGAAGUAACCAAACGGUAAAUGUGGACCGACCAUUAUACGUAUCGAACCUGUUUAUCGUGUCCUGGACUGAAAACUGAGUUUAAGACACUUGCACGUCCAGUUUACAGAUACCAACGUUAGCUGAUAGCUGCCACUACACUAAAGUCUCUGAAGUUGGCACAAUGGCCGAAACUAUAGUAACGUUCCAGUCCCAACUUUCUGGUGUUAUGGAAACAGUGUUCAAAGCUGCCAUGUAUGAGAUCACUCGACUGGUGGAGGACAGUUUUCUGGAAGAGGUAACACGGUGCCGGGAGCAGGUGGAGUCCCUGAAGAGGCGACUGAAGUGGUCGGAGGGUCGACGUAAAGAAAGAGAGGGAGACAGGAGGGGGAGAUGUCUCGACUGCGGGAGAGCCGGUGAGGAAAAUCCCAGAGUGACAGAGAAAAGUCUUAAACAGGAGAGUGUGUUGCAAGAAGAGACAAAUAGUCCGGAAGGCCCUGAUGGAGAGACACCUUGUCGUGAAGAGGAAGAGGCAAGACCAGAGGCCCACAGUGCCAUGAAGGCACCACAGUCUCCAGAUGUACAGGGGGAAAAGAUGGAUAGACCGUUCAAGGAGGAAGUCCUUCGGAUCACGCCAGAAACUAAUGAGUCCCAAGAGAGAUGGGGAGUCAAUUUGGAGGAGUCAUCAGGUGUGCCGGGGCCAAGUAAACGUUUCAAUGACCAGAAGACCCCAAAGUGCCACGUGAGCUGGGAAGCAGGCUAUGACCAGAGGCCAGAAUCAGGCCAACACUGGCGCUCGAGUGAUCCAUCCGAACCACUUUUCCAGAGCAGGUAUGGUAUGGAAGAUUUGGGCGGCUUUGACAAGACUGCCUAUGGAGACUCCAAUAUGAUAGACAUGGGUAACCUGGAUGGGCUAGAAGGAUCGCCACCCCACCUGGGUGAGGAUCUGAGUUACAUUGGGCACUACGAGGGGGACGUGGAAGCACCAGAAGGAGCCGAGCUACAAGUUUACCAAGCGGGUGCCACACGGAAUAGAGGGGACGCGGUCGGUUCACCUGCGGGCUCUCCCUCGAGGACGAACAUCGAUGUGAGUGGAGAGCUCAGUUGUUUAUUGAUUAAUGAAGAAGGGUAUCUACAAGACCAGAGCAUCUUGUACCCGGAACAUGUGCCUGGUGAUCCAGGCGGCAGGUUGAACUUCAGGGGCCAGGGCAUUCGUAGUGACCCGUCUUCAGAGGAUAUGUAUGGGCCGUCAGGUGCAUACAAUGAUACCUUAAACCUGGGAGAGAAGCUGCAGCCUCAGGCAGGAGGGAGAGGAGGGAGGAGACACACCUGUAACCUGUGCUCCAUGUCCUUCCCUGAUUCUAACUUACUAAAGACCCAUAAGCAGACACACAAAAUCUCCGGACAAGUGCCACCGUUCUCCUGCACACAGUGUGGAAAGACCUUCACUCAAGCCUGCAACCUCAAAGUCCACCAGAGGAUUCACUCGGGGCAGGGCCUCCAACUCUGCAGCCACUGCGGUAAAGGUUUCUCUUCUUUCUCUGACUUAAAGACGCACAAGUGCGGCCAAACAGGCGACAAACCUUACUGCUGCACCGUGUGCGGGAACCAGUUCAGCCGCCUCUGGAAUCUGAAGUUGCACCGCAGAAUUCACACACAGGAAAAACCUCAUCGUUGCACCAUGUGCGAUAAGAGCUUCACACGGGCGGACAUAUUGAAGGUUCACCAGCGCACCCACACGGGGGAACGGCCAUACUGCUGCACUGUCUGUGGCCGCAGCUUCAAACGCCUGGAUCAUCUGAAGUCACAUCAACGGAAACACAUGACUGAUCUUCUUUUUCCAAGAACACAUCUUAAAUUAGAGUCCUUCUCCAUCACUUUUAAUUUAGUCGUUUUAAGACACGGGACCUUGACAGUCUACAUCAUGUCGGACCUGGACACCCUUAUUGUAACUUUCCAGACCCAGCUCUCAGAUGUGAUGGAGACCCUGGUAAAGACAGCCAUGUAUGAGGUCACCAGGUUGGUUGAGGACGGCUUCUUGGAGGAGGUGCAGCGCAGGAACCAGGAGGUGGAGGCCCUGAGGAUGCAGCUGCAAUGGGCUGAGAGGAAAUUAGGUGACCAAGGAGGGAAACCUGGGAGGUGUGUGGACUGUGCCAAGGAUGUUGUGAAACUGUCCAGUGACACUGCAGAAGAAGAUUUCAAAGAACAGCAGGAUGACGUUUUGGAGGGCUGUGGUGUGAAAGAAGAGGGGGACUCUGUGGAAGGGUGGACAAUAAACCACACACAGGAAGUCAUACCAGAGUCGACCCAGGCAGCAGGCACUCCUGCAUCCACUCUCAGCCCUGAGAGGAGAUCACAGACAACAGAAGAAGAAGAUGAUGUGUUGCCAGCUGUGACUGUGAAGGAAGAAGAAGUGAAUAAGCCGUCUUGUUCUUCUGUGCAUUGGAGUGGUUCCCUUGAUGGUGACGCAGGACCUGAAUCACACAGCUCUACUGAGAUGACACAACCAAAUCAGAUUCAAGACAACAGUGAGGAAUUAUUGAGGGAUGUUAUGAAGCAAGACCCACAGAUCUCUGCUGCAUAUGUCUUUUCCGACGAACAGGAGGAAGCUCACAUGGCUACAGAUCCAUCUUUAGAGAUGGACAGUGGUUGGGCUGACCUGACUGUCACAACUGCUGGAUUGCUGCAGAUUCACAGACUUGCAACAGAAAUUGACUGUGAUUCAGCUAAAACUACUUGUCCCCUGAAGCAAACCGAACAGGAGCUGUCCAACUCUGUCACCGCAGAUGUUGAUGAUCUGGUUACCCCGGCAGGAGAUCACAUUUCAUCCUCAGCGUCCCCAAAGGCAACACUGCGAAACAGUGACACCUUGGGUGUGACUAUCAAACAGGAGGUUAUCGAUUCUGAUGGGUGUGACAGCGAGCCUAAAGAAAAGAAAACUAAGUCUGGGAUGGCGUCUUUCUCAUGUUCAGUAAAAAAACACAGACUGAGCUCAGAAGCACUGAGGCAGAACCACAUUUCCCACAAAGCCACUUUGCAGGAGGUGAUGAAGCUGCAUUCCAAAGUGGGGACAGGUCUCCGAUUGCAAGCUGCCUUACAGCACUUCCACAGGCCGAUGAAAAAGACCGCUCACGCACACACCGCCGCAGCGCUGUCUGUAGCUCACUCUCAUGCUGUGAAUCCCCUCAGCAGAACUCCUUCCACGUCUAAAGCCGCUCCGCCUCCGCCACUCUCAGUCCCGCGAGUUCACCUGGGCGACAAACACGCCGUGGCACAUAACCGGACCGGUGUCCCGUGGGUCGGCAUCAAAACACAUCAGUCUGCAAACUCCCAUCACGCCAACCCUUUACCCCAUCCAGACUCUCACGCAGGCCCGAGGCACCUCCUGCGCUGCGGCCAGUGUGGGAAGUGCUUCCCCCACCCCAGCAACCUAAGGGCCCACUUGCAGACCCACACGGGCGAGCGGCCCUUCUGCUGCUCCCUCUGCGGCCGCAGCUUCACCAAGCUGAGCAACCUCAAGGCCCACCGGCGGGUCCACACCGGAGAGAGACCGUACUGCUGCUUGGCUUGUGGCAAACGCUUCACGCAGAAAUGUAACCUGAAGCGCCACCAGAGGAUCCACCUGGAUGUAUGAUGAAUGGACAGCCGGUGAUGCAAAAAAAGACAAGUUUGGUGUGUUACUUUUAGAUUAAGAAGUAGCGAUGGGCAGAUGAAACCUUAUGAAGUUUUGGGGCUUUCUUUGUAUUUGUGCCAAAUAACAAUUGAAACUUCUGGGCUUCAGAAACACAGUGACUGCUCCAUCCACCUCUUUUUAGGUGCUUUUCUAAUUUGCGGUUUCUUGGGUUUUUCACCGUUUGAGGUCUGGCUGGCGCUCGCCCUCUUCUACUGCAAUGGACAAAUGACUCCAUCUACUGCUCAUAAUCGCAGAACGGUAGUGGAUGGGGGGGGGGGGGGGGGGGAAAGCAUUUGUUUGCGUUUUCUUUCGCUGUUUUCCCUCAAACUUCGGUUCACAUUUACACUACAUUUAUAAUGGAAACCUGGUUUGUGUCAUCUGGUGGCUUGCAAAACGUAUAGCAGCUCUUCAAACAGGACAAAUCACUACAACACCUCGCUGAUGUCAAUGGCUUUAGGCUCGUGUGUGCAAGAACAGUUCAAUAAACCUGCGUGUUACACCUGUUUAUAGUUUUGAUCAGAAGCGCUGCAUUACAUACAUGGUGUUGUGCAACAUGUUAUGAUAAAAUUAUUAAUGAAUCAUCCAAAAAUCCUACAUAUAAAAUUUGCUGACACAAACCCUUAAAGUACCUUAUUGGUGUAGCGUAGGCCCAGUGUCACUGCAGGCUCAUGUGAACCUCGAUAUUGCUACUGGUGGAUAGUAGUCAUAUACACACACAGUCAAUGUUAUACAUGCAAGUUUCAGAAAAAUCAAAAGCUAUCCAAAGCAAAGCCUACCAAUUUGUGUUUGUGGAACUUGAACUUGUUAUUUUUGAAGUCACUGAGAUGUCAGAAAUACUAAAAAACUUCAUAGUAAAAGGUGUUUAUUUGUGCAAGUUUAGCAUGAAUAAAUGUUACCUUUCAUCUUUGGUUUGUGUUAACAUUGGAAUCAGAUGAUAACCUCAAAUAUUAAAUCUCCAUAAUCUUAUACACACACAGCCUUUAUUAGUGCACAGCUGAAUAGAUCCUGAAAUAAGCGCCCCUAACUAACUAAUCCAUGGACAUGUUUUUUUAAUAUUCUCCUCUCUUCUUAUCCCACUAAUGUGCUCAUCGCAAAGUUUAGCUGUCAAACUGAGAGAAACGUCCUGAAGCACCUGUGACGUUUCAAGCUUCGAUAUCAUUGGCCCAUCUCUUUUAGGGUUCCUUUGCAAUGGACUACAGUUGCUGUGAUGCAAUGCUUCCUGUGUGCUCGUCUCUUGAAGUGUUUGUUCCAUCUUCUCCUGUGCAUUCCAGAACGGUUCAUCUGCUAACUUGUACUGUUGAAGGACGAACAGCAGUGUGUCGUGCGUCAUGCACAGGGAUAGGUCAAUUGUCAAUAAAUAUUUAUUUAUUCUGUGAAUACUCAA